AUGGCGCCCACGAAAAUUUUCGUUGGUAGCCUCCCCGAAGGCACUUCUACGGACGAUGUUCGCGCGCUCUUCGAAGCCCACGGUGAAGUUCAGGAGUGCGACGUCAUCAAGGACUACGGUUUCGUCCAUAUGGCUAACGAUGCCGAUGCUCAGGCGGCAAUCGCUGCACUCAACGGACACGAGUUUCGAGGCGUUGCUAUCAACGUCGAGCAAUCUCGAUCCCGCGUGAGACAGAAGCCAGGAAUGGGUGGGAAAAUGACGUGCUUCCGGUGUGGUAAGCAAGGUCACUGGAGUAAAGAAUGCCGAAUGGGCGGUGGCGGCGGCGGCCCAUACGGGGGCGUUGGGUACGGCGGUGGCGGGGGAUUCAGAGGCCAGGGCGGUGGCAGACCAACCCCCUACGACAGACGACCUCCCCCGGCGUUCGAAAGACGUGGUCCGCCCUCAAACUAUGAAGUUCAAUAUGACGAAGCUCCUUACGACCGACGUAGACCCUACGAUAGAUUCGACGGCAACCGCGGCGUUGGUGGCGGCGGCGGGUACGACGAUUAUGCCAGAGGAGGAGCAGGAGGAGGUUUCGAUCGGCCCGAGUUCGACGACAGACGCAUGGACUACUACGCGCGACGAAGCCCUCCGAGAGAUUACUAUAGACCGGAGCCUGCCUACGCCAAUGGCGGGCUCAGAGGCGACAACCGGAGACCUCCUCCUUACGGCGCCGAGCGAUUCGGCGGUCCCCCACCCGGAAACCGAUACGGCGGCCGAUACUAA